AUGUCGCCCUUCUUCUUCUUCUUCUUCUUCUUCUUCUUCUGCCUAUUCCUUCUUCCUAGCGGCCACGCAAUUAUCCGUCCUGGAGGAGCAAGUGGAGGCGUAACCUUCGGAUCGGGAUCGUGUUCCGAAGAGCACGCACAUAAACACAAGCAUCAUCAUCAUCAUCAUCAUCCGGCUCCAUCCUCAAAUUCACAAAGUUCCGAAGAGGCUUCUUCACCGGUGGACCCGAGUUGUCCGUCCGGAUGGACCAUGUACGACCGAACCCCGUCGGAUGCGAAUCAGAAUACUGGAAAGUGGUGUGUCAAGGUACACUUUUUAGCUGAACACCUUUUUUCUAGAGAUUUCUGUCCUUGUUUUUCAGCUCAUCACCUCCAAAACCAUGAUCAGUGUGAACGAAGGCUCCGAACUGUGUUCCAAAGAGAACGCAGUGCUGACCUCUUACGAAAAUGACGCCGAACGUCAGUCGCUGCUCUCCGAAGCUAACGAAUUCAUAAUAUCAACGCUCGGAAAGUCGGCCGGCUCGAUCGCAAUGGCGGGCCGUCGGGUCCAGUCCUGCCUGACCACCGCCUCCCUCUCCAGCGCGCCGUGCAACUCGAAAUCCACAAUAUUCGCCGUGCCCGACUCGGCGGACACGGACGCCACGUACUUGUGGACGACGUGGGCGACCAAGUACAACGAGCCGAAUUCCGUGGAGAACAACGGUCAACUCGAGGACUGCGUCACCUUCCAAAUCGAUCCGAGCGAGUCGAAUCAGCACGGACAGAUCAACGACUUCUUGUGUCAGUACGCCUACUCUUUCCGCUGGCCUACUAUGGAUCUGUACCAGAAUUUUGGAGCUCUCUGUGGAAAGGCUCCGCAGUGA